UCCAUCUCACUCGGCCAUGUGGCAGUGAGAUCAUGAAACAUGCCUACCCAUCUGCAGUUGUGCAGGUGUCAGCACGAGAGCAGGAGCUGCUGUCCGUCUCUGCUGUUCAUCAGCGGGAGACUGGUGGACUGACCCACGUGGGCACAAUCAGCUCAUCCAGUAGUGCUUUGAGGCAGGAGGCUGCACCCCUUACCUUUGUGGGGAACUUCACCGCCCCUGCCGCAGCACUUCAUGGUCAGCAACACAUGAAGCCGAUGCAAGCCCAGGUGCCAGGCAGUGUCGCCCAGGGAGGAUUCAUCCCUCUGGGGGUCGGUCCCACUCGGUCCACCCCUGCAGCUCCGGCAGGUCUCCCCACUGGGGCCGGUGGUGAAGUCCCGACCUACUGUAAGAGCACAGUCCACUCCAACCAAGCGGAGCGUGUGAAGAUGAUGGAGUACCACCGUGACAUGGCCUCCUACUACAGAGGGCUCAAGCGUAAGGCUGAGCACGUCCCAGCGAGGGAGGGGUCAGGGUGCCCCAACGAGCUCCAGACAGGAAGUGUCCGUGACAGGACCUUGGACCAGCCUCGGCAGAAGACGUGGUGGGACAACGCCACAGAGGGCGUCGUUCUUCCUGAGGACGCUGUCGAGAAACUUGAUGCCAUUCCUGGCAUCUGGGAUUUGGCCAUACAGAUGGGCUUUCUGACUGUUUGCUAGUCAGAUGAUUGAACAUUUUUUUAG